AUUGGUCUCUCAUGCAAUGAACUACUUGUGGUUCCUCAUAUAACGUAUGGUUCAUAGUAAAUUUAAACAAUCAGCAAAUAUGAAUUCGGAAGAUACUCCAAAUCAAAUGUGUAUAUGUUGUCAAAAACUGAGUUAUGGUUUAGGUCAUGUGUUCAAUGAUUUGUGUGCAGCGAUGUGGUUCUCCUACACACUUUUUUACUUCCAAGUUGUUCUUAAGAUGGAGGCUACUACUGCUGGAAUCUUGCUAAUGACUGGUCAGGUGGUAGACGCUUUAGCUACUCCAUUAGCUGGAUGGUUAAUAGACUGCACUGGUAGGAGGAAAAUAUGGCAUUUUUCGGGCAGCAUGGCAGUGGCAUUAGGCUUUUCUCUGAUUUUCUCCAAGAAGUUUAUUGAUGUCGAUUCGGACAUUCUGAUGUACUACAUGCUCAACAUAACGCUUUUUCAGAUUGGUUGGGCAAUAGUGCAAAUAUCACAUUUGUCACUCAUUCCGGAAAUAUCACAGAGCCACGCUCAUAGCUCUGACCUCACUGCAAUAAGAUAUACUGCAUCCGUAUGCUGCAAUAUGACCGUAUACUUGGUGACAUUGCUAAUUUUGAAACAGAAUGUAGAAUCUCAAGCCGUAGGCCCUGCGGAUUUUUACAAAUUCAAGGAAAUAGCCCUAAUCAUAACAUUCAUAGGAAUAAUGUCUUGUAUGUUAUUCUAUUGUGGCCUGCUAGGUAGAUAUGGCGAUGGCUACGAGACUUUGAGAGAACCUGAAGAUGUCAAUAAUCUCAACGACAAUAACAGGCACUUUAUGAAAUCUGUUGUGAUGUAUACAGUAGCAUUGAUGUACAUGGCUUCCAGGCUGUUUACUAUUCUGAAUCUUAUUUAUAUACCACUGUACAUAGAUGAAAGAAGUACCACAGAUCAAACUCGAAUAGAUGAAGUUCGAGAAACCAUAGCAACAGUUCCGUUAGUCUCAUAUAUAGCAUCAUUUUUAACAUCGAUUCUGUUGAAAUACAAAAAUGGGAUUUGUAAUGACAAGAUGAUUUAUGCAAUUGGAACCACUUUUGGAUUAUUGUCUUCAAUUUUAAUAGGAAUAGGCGUUCCCACAACUUCAGAUACUGAGCUGUACGUUAUCGCAGCACUCAUAGGUAUAAGUGGAUCAUCCACAAUGGUUGCAAGUCUCUGUUUAACAGCAAAUUUCGUAAAAACAAAUGGUCAUGGAGGAGGAAUGAUCUACAGCCUUGUGACAUUCACAGAUAAACUUAUAUCUGGUGCAGUGGUGUUGCUUGUCCAGAACAUGUAAGGAGAAACAAUCGGAAGCAAAGCUACUGCGUAACAUUUUCUUUAACAGUAAAUUGAAGAAUGUUUGCUUAGUCAGCUCUUUCCGGAUGUUCGCACUUUCGUAAGACACAUAAACUCAUUGCUGCACUACGUGUUUGUCAUUUGUUCUAAUUUUCUCUAGCACAAGCAAACUUAGCUGUGUUCUACUGAUACAGUAAAGUUCAACAAUCCUUGACAGUUUCAAUGUUCUUAGACUUCGUGUCAUUGGAAAUUUUUCAAAUAUAUUAGAUUGUAU